AUUUUAGAUUAGAUCCAUUUCAUAUAAUAGAUUAUAGACAGUGUUGUUCUUGGAUCCAUGAUACACGUCAGUUCAACUUUACUAAGGGACUUUGAUAUUUGUGGAUUUGCAAGACUCGCUGGACUUUCUCAUUAUCAAAUAAAUCUUCUCAAGUCUCCAUCUGCUAUUCAAUAAACAAUCAAUCAAUGGCUUCCUCAACAUCAAGGAUCGCCUUCCGCAUAGUAAUAGCGCUGCUUCUCCUCUUGGCCCUCUUCUACGUCGGCCGUCCUCUUUAUUGGAAAAUCUCCGCCACCAUCCACGACAUCCGCCACAACAAGCAAACUGUUCAACAAGGUAUCUCACAGAUUAUGCUAGAGGCCCAGAAAUCUGUGGGGUGGUUUACUGAUGAAUCCGAUUCUGGAGUCCAUGAAAAAGCCAGCAAGCAGACGGCUUCAAGGAGAUUACUUUUUAGGGUUUUAUGAUGGGAAAAUCCCCCCAAGUUAUUUGUUACUCCAUUGGUAAUUAAUAAUUUACUAAGAUAGGAUGUUUAAAGGAAUGGUCUAAAAGUGGAGAUAUUUUGAUGGGUAGAGUUUAGUUACUGCAAAUGUUACAGUGAUUCUAAGAUUUUGAGUAUUGUUGUAUGAAAAUUAUCUGUUUCUUUUGAAAAACUUGAAUUAUAUCUGAACUUGAUUUUGUUGCA